UACAUAAUUAAAAUAGUUUCUGAAAUGAUCUAGAACUCCUCGAAUAGUCAUAUUGUUAUCACUACUAUUCACUUUAUUAUUCUCACACUUUUGUCUUUUCCUCUAUUCUCUUUUAUAAGAAUUCUAACCUCACGCUUCGAAUUCAUCUUAUCAUAACAAAGACUGAUUCCUUCAUAUUAUCAUGAUCUUUCUUCUUCUUCUUACAUCCCAAACAGAGCUUAAUAUUGGUAGAUAAACAGAGUAUUAAGAAACAAAAAAAAAAAAGGGGAAAACAGAGGAGAAAAAAAAAUGUAUUCCGGGUCAUUUCUUUCUGGGUUUUAUUGUUGGGGAUGGGAAUUUUUAACUGCCCUUUUGCUUUUUAGUUGUUCUUCCUUUAUCUAAACCUUAAAAUUCAAUCUUUAUUGCUUGAAAAUUUUCUUUUUUUAGGUUAUUUUCGGGAUUUUAUUUGACAGAAACAGGGGAAAACAGAGUAAUUAUUAUAAUUUAAUACAAGUAAUUAAUUAGGUAUAACUGAAAUAAAAUUAAGGAAAGAAAAAAGGAGGAAAAAUGGGGCAAAGGUCAAGUCCAGCGCCAUUUUUGACGAAGACAUACGAGCUUGUGGAUGAUGAAAGUUCAGAUGAAAUGAUUUCAUGGGGUGAAAAUGGAAAUACUUUUGUGGUUUGGAAAGUUGCUGAAUUUGCUAAGGAUUUGCUACCUAAAUAUUUCAAGCACAAUAAUUUCUCUAGCUUUGUUCGCCAACUAAACACCUAUGGAUUCCGCAAGAUUGUGCCGGACAAAUGGGAAUUUUCUAAUGACAACUUCAAGAAAGAUGAAAAACACCUUCUCUCGAAGAUUCGACGACGGAAAACAACAUCUCCAGUGACCGGAAAACUAACCGCUAACGGUGGUUCUCAAUCCAUCUCCGGUGAUGAUAUGGGGUCCACAUCCACGUCAUCACCGGGGACGGUCGAGAUCGCGGAUUUAUCGGAUGAGAACGCCAAGUUAAGACGUCACAAUCAGAUGUUGAGUUCGGAGUUGGCCCAAACAAAGAAGCAAUAUGAAGAGUUGGUGGGCUUUCUUACGGUCCAUUUAAAUGUGUGCCCGGAUCAGAUAAACCAUAUACUAGAAAAGGGUAUGGUAGGAAAUGAAAAAUGUGGGACCCAUGAGAAAGGGUUAGUUGAUGAAAAUGGGUUUGAUUGUGGUAUUGAAAAUGAUGAUGAUGAUGAUAAAAAAGGUUUGAAAUUGUUUGGGGUUUGGUUAAAAAGAGUUGGUGAGAUUGAAAAUGGAAAGAAAAGAAGGUGUUAUGAUUUUCAAGGAGACAAUAAUUCUAAUUUGGGUCUAAAUGUGGGCCAAUGUCCAAAUAAAUUCAUGAAGAUCCGUUAAGAGGAUCCGAUAUUGUAUUUGAACAAAGAUUAAGUGCUUGCUACUAGUUAUACUUUGUAUUCCCUCAGUCCCUAUGAAAUAUCAUUAUCUGACCAAAAAAUUUGAGAAUUUUUUGAGUUAAAUGGUGAUAAUUUAGAGGGACAGAAGGAGUAUUAAUUCGUCAUGAGAUUUGGUUAUGAUUCAUUGGUUUAAAGAUGGUUAGUACAAGGAGAAAAGGUUCACGUAUCAGCUAGAUCUUUAUAUAUAUAUA